AUGCUGACAUACCCAGAUAGACAGAGAUUCCAGCAGAUACGAGCUCAGUGGGAGACGGCGCACCCUGGCGGAGAAAGACCAGCAGCAAUGGUAGGCUGGAGGGACAAACCAGCACCUCAGCAGUUGACGAGAGUGGAGCCACAUGAGAAUGGCGCCAGCAAGUUUCGAAGAAAGCUUAGCCAUGGACUGGCUUUCAUUUCGAGUCCUCUCUCGCAGCGCAAAAUCACCCCAGGACGCAGCCAGGCCAGGGUGCCCUCACUGGCUGUCACCGAGCCCUCUGCGACCGAUAUUACUUCUGCUGCCUCCGCAUGCGACGCUCUGAUCCCAUCGGUGCGUGAACCCAUUUCGCCCGGGCCUGUGGGCGACUCGGCAGGAGACUCAACAAAGCAAGCGGAUAUCAAUGCCUCGCCCAAAAUUGCCGAUGCUCAUAUUGCUCGCAAGCCGCUUUCUCGCUCGUGCACGACGAGCUUCAUCCCUCUUCCCGCCAAGACAGAGUCCAAUACGUUCGCCACAGACAUUGAGGGCGCUGUCAUGUUUCCCUCCCUCACAACAAUUUCUCAGCCCGCAAUCGAGUCGGUACUUUCAAAAAUUCCCACACCGAGUCCUCCGCUGUCUGAACGUCGUUGCGCUAGUCCUCGUCGAUAUCUUCAACAUCAUGCGUCCUACAACACAUCACAGCAAAUGAAGCACAUUACAUCAGCUCACACGUUCGCCACCAGCAACGGCUCACCUGCAAAGAACCCGCAGGCGUUGCGGUCACGUACUACCCCGAAUUUUGUCAAGGGACCUCAUGCGUCGCAGUCGGCAGGGUUCAUGGCUCCAAGACGGCCCGGAUCUAAGAGACCUAUCGUAUACCAAAAAGUUCAGGGGGCAGUCUUGCAAGAAAACAUACCCGUUCACAGGCACGUUGUGAAUAGGUACUCGCAAAUUCAAGAAAGACCACUGAAGCGCGAGUCACUCGCCAUGCCACCAACGUUAUACAGUAGGCGGUCUUUCUGCCCGAGCACUUCAACUGUGCCGAGCAGGAAUACAAGUUUUGCGACCCCGCAAACCGCAAGGAGACCAUCAAGCUUGUAUUUUGCUCCGCAAACGCCGGUCACUGUAAAGCGGAUUCAGCCAGAGGGACCAGCUACACCAAAAUCCCCGAAACAUUCGGUGACAAAACCCGGCCCAAUCCUCCAAUCUCCCUUUGUGGACACACUGCCGGCCCCCAAGUCUACAGAGACUGAUUCCAAAAGGCCCACUCUUACGCGGUCACAUACAGAACUUCACAUGCAGAGGAAAACGUUAGGCACACCAAAUGGAUUGGGGGGCGUUUGGCGGCCGUCUCCCGCGCUGGCAGUGGCAACUCACGAGGUGAGCAAACUCCCGCGCUAUAACUCCCUCCACAACUUUGGAUCCAAGUUGGAGGCCGCGCCGCCAGUGCUUCUCCCACCAAUCCAGACUAGAAAAUCGCCUCUGCCGGACCAGACGCCGCGACCACGUAUGGAUUCAGGCAUGCCCACUACGCCUCGCCCUGGCAGGGUUGUAUCAGAUGCAACCUCUUGCCAGUCCGGUUCUGAAGAGACUGAUGAAGGAGCGAGUCACAAUGACACCAAGGUUCUCGCCCAGGCCUGCCAGAUUCCUUCGCCAUGCGAGACGCAGACCGAGUCAACUAUUAGCCUUGCAGCAUUCCCUUCGGUGCCAAAGAUGGCUAGUCCUCGAAUAGCGUCCCCUGAACUAGGUGAAAUGAUGGGCUCUUUAUAUGAAACGCCAUCGGAGCCUUCAGGGGAUAUGCAAGAGCAAGAAGUAGCAGAAGAUGCUGACAUGAGUGUUUUUCAGGUCAAGGACUAUAUGCCACCGCUGUAUUGGGCUGGUCGAUUCCAGUCGCGAUACGAUCAAUGGCGUACUGAGGCGAUGAAUGCGGAGCUGAAGAUGCAUACGGACCAUGAAGUGUCGACUCAAUUGAGCGAGUAUAAGCUUGACCAAGAGAAGCUUGCGAUAUGUUACAUAUUUGCGCAGCUGCGUGAUCUAUGCACUACUGAUCAGGCAAUAGAUAGUCUCUGGGAAUUCGAAUACAAGUACCGGAAGGAUCACAAGCUGCUUAGCAGCCCAUCUGAUCUCUCGCCAAAGACCGGUCUCAAGCAAGGAGACGGCACCAAUGCUUUAGGCAUGGGAGGUGGUGCCUUUGGACGAGCUAUCAGGAAACUGACGCCGCGCAAGAGUAGCUUCGCCAAUCUUGUCAAGGUCAAAGGACGAAACAAGUCUGAUGAGACGAAACAAAACGAGACGUCUGAGCAGAACCAAGAGAUAUGUUCGGAUAACUCGUAG